CUGCCUCGGCUGCCAGCCCAGCCGGGCCGAGCCGGGCCAGGCUAGGGGGGGAGCAAAGCAACCUGAAAAAAAAAGAAAAAAAAAAAAAAAAGCAGAAUUACCAGUAGCUCUGGUUCUGCCGUCCCGGUGCGUUCACACGCCGCACACGCCUUUACCUGCACAGACCUGAAAGUCCAGUUCCACCGGGGAGACCGAGGAAAAGGGGAGCGAGUUCAUUGGAUCAAACAUGUCACAAGAGACGGACAAUAACAAGCGACUUGUGGCCUUAGUGCCAAAUGACACUUCAUUCAACACCAGACGAGCGUACACCAGCGAGGAUGAAGCCUGGAAGUCGUAUUUGGAGAAUCCCCUAACAGCAGCUACCAAGGCUAUGAUGAGCAUAAAUGGUGAUGAGGACAGUGCUGCUGCUCUUGGCCUGUUGUAUGACUAUUAUAAAGUUCCCAGAGAUAAAAGGCUGUUGUCUGUUAACAAAGUGAAUGAUAAUCAAGAAGACCAAGAUAAAAGAAAUUGUCUCAAUACCACGGAAGCUCAGAGCAAUUUGAGCGGGGGAGAGAACCGUGUGCAAGUCCUGAAGACGGUGCCCGUUAACCUUUCCUUGAACCAAGAUCCGCUGGAGCCAUCCAAAAGGGAAUACAACACAAAUGUGUCUGGCAGCUCGACGCCAAUUACAGGGACUGGAGUGACUGUGGUAAAAGCAGAGGAGUUCACCCCUGUUUUUAUGACCCCACAAGCACACUAUGCAAGAGGAGAAAAUGAGGAGCACCGAGGGGUUAUCUUUGAGCCAUACGAAGUGUCCAACAUUGCUCCCCACACAAAUUAUCUCAAAGAUGACCAGCGCAGUACUCCUGACAGUACGUACAGUGACACCUUCAAGGACGGAGGAACAGAAAAGUAUCGCAGUGUGUCAGUGGGGGCUGAGGAAUAUAUUUACGAACAAACAAGCACUUUUCAGUAUACGCUAGAAGCUACCAAAUCCCUGCGUCAAAAGCAAGGGGAGGGGCCCAUGACCUAUUUAAACAAAGGACAGUUCUACGCCAUUACCCUGAGCGAGACGGGUGACAACAAAUGUUUCCGGCAUCCGAUCAGCAAAGUCAGGAGCGUGGUCAUGGUUGUUUUUAGUGAGGAUAAAAACAGAGAUGAGCAGCUGAAAUAUUGGAAAUACUGGCACUCUCGGCAACACACAGCAAAGCAGAGAGUCCUUGACAUUGCUGAUUACAAGGAGAGUUUUAACACCAUUGGGAAUAUCGAAGAAAUCGCGUUCAAUGCUGUGUCCUUUACUUGGGAUGUCAAUGAGGAGGCAAAGAUUUUCAUCACCGUGAAUUGCUUGAGCACAGACUUCUCCUCGCAAAAAGGAGUAAAGGGGCUUCCUUUGAUGAUUCAGAUAGAUACGUACAGCUACAACAACCGCAGCAAUAAACCCAUCCACCGAGCCUACUGCCAGAUCAAGGUUUUUUGUGAUAAGGGAGCAGAAAGAAAAAUCCGAGAUGAAGAGAGGAAGCAGAACAGGAAGAAAGGCAAAGGCCAGGCAUCCCAAACCUCGUGUAAUAACUCAGCUGAAGGGAAGCUGAGUGCACUCCCUCUGCAAAAGAAGAGUGAUAUCACCUUCUUCAAAACAAUGACUGACCUGGAUUCCCAGCCAGUUCUCUUCAUACCAGAUGUUCAUUUUGGAAACCUACAAAGAACUGGACAGGUUUACUAUAAUACAGAUGAUGAGAGAGAAGGUAGCAGUGUCCUGGUCAAGAGGAUGUUCCGGCCCGUGGAGGAGGAGUUUGGUCCGUCCCCUCUGAAACAAAUGAAAGAAGAAGGCCUGAAAAGAGUGCUUUUGUAUGUGAGGAAGGAGACGGAUGAGGUGUUUGAUGCUUUGAUGCUGAAAUCACCCACAGUAAAGGGGCUAAUGGAAGCGAUCUCUGAGAAAUACGGGCUGCCAGUCGAAAAGAUUGCAAAACUUUAUAAGAAGAGCAAAAAGGGUAUCCUGGUAAACAUGGAUGACAACAUUAUUGAGCACUACUCCAAUGAGGACACGUUCAUCCUGCACAUGGAGAGCGUGGUUGAAGGCUUCAAGAUCACGCUGACUGAGAUCUAGGCUCAGGCAGAGCCCUUUUGUAAGGAACCACAGCAUUUCAUUCUCCUUGGAAAGCAGAAGAUUCCCCAGGAACUUGACAGACAUUGAUCAGAGAAACUGUUACAAGACUGGUUUGCAAACAUUGUCCAUUCUGCACACCCACUGCAUAUAGACUUGGGUUUGUCAAGCACAAGGCCACUCGUUAACCUGGUCCCUUAUUUAUUGUUCCCCAUUCUCCAGUGCACAAGCAGUUACCAGCCCCCAGAUUUGUAACCAGGUGAUCCACUGCAAAUGUGAAAUGCAGCAUUUUAAUCCAUGCUUUAAUGUGGAUAAACUCAUUCUAAAACACGUUAAGGAACCAUGCUGGUCCAGUUUCAGAAAACUGGGAUGAAUCUCUUUAACAGAGUUCACUCCACCAUUGCUAAAAAAAAAGGUUAAGUGCUAAAGAUGGGGAAAGUGGCUGACAAGAGUUCACUUGCUCAGACUGAUCCAUAUCUCUCUCUAGUGUAUAGUCUUGCCAAAUACCUCUGGUAGUUCUCAGCACGUAGCAAUGAGGACUUGUAAGUAAGGCAUUCAGCUACAAAUGUCACUUGUAAGUAAAUGGUAAAGAAACCAUUUUAACCUUGUAUAUAAUGUUUAUAAUAUGCAAUAAUAUAUUUUAACUACCGUAUGUGGGCAUUUACUGCCACUCUGUUUUUGUAUGUAUCGGGUUUAGGGUUUAACAGAAUCUUUCCUAGAAGAUUAGAUUUCUGCGAUCUGUUAAGGAGUGUGUGCUGAGAAGUUGAUGACUGUGUCUGCAUUCAAGCACUCCACCCCUGCCCACCCAGUUUUAUACUGAAAUAUUGGAGCAAACUGCGCUGCAGUGUUUGGAGUGCUCUGUCACAGUGGGGCCCAAUUUAGGUGCCCAGGUUGUAGGUAACUGAGGGCCCCGUCCAGCUGCCACAAAAUCCUAGAGGUACCCAUGUGUCUGCUGCCUGGCGUGCCUAGAGGUACAGAAGGGACUUCUGCUUGUUCUGCUGGUGAAGUGGGGGCUCUCAGAAUGGGCCCAUCUCAUACCUGUGGAGGGAAAGGUGCUUUCCCCAACAGCCUGCUCCUUAAAGCAUUCCUCUAGACUGUCAGAAACAGGACUUCAAAAUCUUCUUAAAGGAACUUGCUCUGGUAUCUCCAUUGAAUAAUUCUGUUUUGAUUCCUAGGACAGCUGGAUGAGGUAGAAACCUGGGCUUUUUAUGGAAAAUGGAACAAUUUUGGUGGUGGAGACUGAGAGUGGCCCACAGCUGAGGUGUGGAGAUAGAUCUCUCUCAUAAAGGCUGGAUCUGAGCCCAGGCUGAGCUACAAGGUCAUGCCAUCAAAUUCCACCUCUGCCUCAGGAAUUGUGUGAGAGAGAAAGGCUGCAGGCUGAUCAUAUCAGAAAAGGGAUCCAAGGGCUGAAUGUCCCCAGCGCAUCCAAACCUGGCACCUGUCUCUCUCCUUUCCAGCUCCUUUGACUGUCUCAGAGAGCUCCUCACGCAGCAUGCAGUCCUGGGGGUUUCAGUUGCAAGCAUUUCAUUCCCCAUGCACUGUACAAGGAUCCCAUGAGACCGACAGAAAUGUGGGGCCUUUCCUAUAUGUAGUCUUUGUUUCCUUACUUUUUUCCUUCUAAAGUCUGUUUUUCAUUUAGUCGCAGUUUUUUUUUUUUCAUUAGCUGGUUAAUGAUGUAAAGAAACACUGCCUAGUUUAGCAGAGCUCAUUCUCUGGUGGUUUGAGUUGUGUGGAGCUAUUUACAUCCAAGCAGAGGAGUUGGAAUAGCUGACCAGUCUCUUUUGGUCACAUUUUUGCAUGAAUUGUCCUGCAAGCUCUAGCACAGUUUCUUAACUUCAUUAGCAAUAGCAUCCCAUUAAAAUCCAUUCUUCAAAUGGAAAUGUCUGGUACCUGUAAAAGGUUCUGUGGGACCAGAACCUGUGGAAGCGCCAGGCUGUUAGUGUCAGAGUUAGCAUAACCAGAAUCCAGGUACGUCUGCAAAGCAAAGCCUGUUCUCUCUGCCUUCCUCUUGCCUUCUCUGUUCAUUUGGUUUGUGCUUUUCUUCCUCAUUGUGCCAAGCUGUGUAGUAAUUCCAUUGUCUUUUUACAAAUACAUACUCCAGCAAAGAUGCUCUCGCUACCUUGCUUAAGAGCAGACAUCCUGGGAAUACAAGGGAUUUUAGGGAGAUUUGGUUUGUUUCUUCUUGCCUCAGGCUCAGAUAAAAACUCUAUGCUGACCUAGCCCAGAUAGCUUUUUUUCCCAAAGAAAAUUAGGACAGUUUUAGCAGGUGGCAUUGUGAACUGGGGCCGGCACACAGGGCUUGUGAGCAGUGCUGUUGGUUCUUGUAUUGCUCUGUUACCUGGUGGUGUUGGGAUCCUAAGGAGUUUAACUCGGAUCUCAGCUGGUCAUGAUGUCCCAGCAGAAGCUGCAAGCUAAACAUAGGAGUGAAUGUAUGUAGGAUUUGAGCCCUGGCUCUGCCCCUAAUGAAGCUGCCAUCCAAAAAGUCUCACUUACAGGCAUGCCUGUGGCACCUGGGACUGGGGUGGGUUGUGGUGUGCUGUGUUACGAGAGUUUGGGGUUCACAGAGCAGGGCAGGGCUGUCCUGGCAGCACCAGCACUCAGGUUAGUAUUUCAUUCUUGUCUUACACAGAGGUGGAUCUUUCUUCUUUUGUAAGCUGAGCUAGGACCUGCUGGUUGCUGCAGCAUCUUGCACUGAGGAACAGUAAAGGAUCAGCAAGAGCUGCAACGCUCCAGGAAAUACUGGGGCUUAAGCCGAGCUGCCUUUCCAAUGCCAUUUUAGGAGCUUUAGGUCAGGCACUGUCCAGGGAAGGAAAGUUGUUUCCAAGAUUAACUGAAAGCUUUUCUAAAUAUAUCUGUAAGUGUCCAAAUUGCUGGUCAGUAGCAAGAGAGCUGAUCCUUCUGCCUUUAUUUUCAUCUUGCAGUCUCACUCAAGGUAGCAGGGCUGAGGAAGAAGAGUAAGACUUACCAUGAUAGAGUAUUUUAAAACAACUGCUAGAUGCAUCACGAGCACCAAAGACAUUACAAAGAGCACAUCACCUGGUACCC